UACCCGGAAAUGACGCAGGGGUGAAAACGGAAGUGACGUUGUGUUGACAUUUGUUUGUGAAAGACAAAAACAGUGGACUCACACUGGAUGGGGUAUAUGUAUUUAUGGAAACCACCAACUAACAGGCAGACUGAAGACCACCGUAUCGUGAUUUAUAAACACAGCUGCGUGUUAUAAAACGAGCUCUGGUUCAAGAUUGGACUCUAAAGCAAAGACGGAGAGAAGAUUUAACAUCAGCAGACGGACGGAGAACAAAACAAACCUAUUUCACCCGGACUGGACUGCAUGAGUGGCUGAAUCAUUCACAGGCUAACCAGCCACCAAGACAGCAGCUGAGUUAUCUUUAAACGAUCAAAUUCAUUAGUUAAUCUGCCUAAGAUUCGUGUACUUAAUUCUUACCUACCACUCAGUGUUGCUAUGGUAGCGCACUACUAGAGACUAGCAAGUAAGCAAGCUAGUGUUAGCCGUAGCUAACCUUGUUUGUGCUGCUUGAGCUGCUGAGGAGCUAGCUGCAUUAUGUAGCUGAGGUUACUGAGGCUGCCUUCGUUUCAUACAGUGUUUACACUACAAGUUGCUCGUCAGUUGUUGGGGUGACCUUAAGAAUGUUAAAGCACAAUGGCCAACUUUGAAGCCUACCAGGAGUAUCAGAGGAUCGAGGACUUCGAGGAGGACUCUCCACCAGGAGAGGAGGAUCUACUGGUCCACGUGCCAGAAGGCCUGAAAGACUCAUGGCACCAUAUCAAGAACCUGGAUAACUUCUUCAAAAGGAUCUAUCAUUUCCAUCAAAAGAAUGGCUUCGCUUGUAUGAUGUUAUCAGAGUUCUUCGAACUUGUUCAGUUUUUGUUUGUUGUCACGUUCACAACGUUCCUUGUCAACUGCGUGGAGUAUGAUGUCUUGUUUGCCAAUCGAGCGGUCAACCACACCGGGCCUGGCCAGAAUCCCUUGGACAGGAACAAGGUCACUCUUCCAGAUGCCAUCCUCCCUAGUCAACAGUGCACUCAGAGGAUCCAAGAGGACAGCUGGAUUAUAUUCCUUCUCAUCAUGGCAGCCAUCUUCUGGCUCUAUCGACUUGUUAAAGUCUUUUGCAAUGUCCUGAGCUACUGGGAGAUCAGGCAGUUCUACAUCAAAGCACUGAAGAUCAGGAUGGAUGAACUAUGCAACUUCACAUGGCAGGAAGUCCAGGACCGGCUGAUCAGCCUGCAGCGAGAGCAGCAAAUGUGCAUACACAAGAAAGAGCUGACAGAACUUGACAUCUAUCACCGCAUCCUGCGAUUCAAGAACUACAUGGUGGCCAUGAUAAACAAAUCGCUGCUGCCAGUGCAGCUGCAGCUCCCCCUGCUGGGCAAUGUGGUGUUCCUCACCCAGGGCCUCAAGUACAACUUUGAGCUCAUCCUCUUCUGGGGUCCCGGCUCUCUGUUUCAGAAUAAGUGGAACCUGCACCCAAAGUACAAGCGGAACGGGAACCGCCUAGAGCUGGCGCAGCAGCUCAGUAGAGUUAUCCUGCUGAUGGGUUUGGCCAAUUUGCUGCUGUGUCCCUUCAUCCUGGUGUGGCAGGUGCUGUACGCGUUCUUCAGCUACACCGAGGUGAUCCGCAGAGAACCGGGGAGCCUGGGUGCGCGACGCUGGUCCCUGUACGGUCGCUUAUACCUGCGACACUUCAACGAGCUGGACCACGAGCUGCAUGGACGUUUAGGCCGCGGCUACAAGCCCACUUCCAAAUAUAUGAACUCCUUUACAUCACCAGUGCUGACUGUGCUCGCUAAGAACUUUGCCUUCUUCUCAGGCUCAAUUCUGGCUGUGCUCAUUGCACUGACAGUCUAUGAUGAGGAUGUUCUAACAGUGCAGCACAUUCUGACCGCUAUCACUGUGCUGGGAGUGGUCAUUACGAUCGCCAGGUCCUUCAUCCCAGAUGAGCAUAUGGUGUGGUGUCCAGAACAGCUGCUGCAGUGCAUGCUGGCACACAUUCACUACAUGCCAGACCACUGGAGGGGCCAUGCUAACAAGGGCGAGACCCGUGACGAGGUGGCGCAGCUGUUCCAGUACAAAGCGGUGUUCAUCUUGGAGGAGUUGCUCAGUCCUAUUGUCACACCCUUCAUUCUCAUCUUCCACCUGAGGAAUAAGUCUCUAGAGAUCAUUGACUUCUUCAGGAACUUCACUGUGGAUGUGGUUGGAGUCGGAGACAUCUGCUCCUUUGCGCAGAUGGACAUCAGACGCCAUGGAAACCCAACAUGGAUGUCAGAGGGCCAGACGGAGGCCUCCAUAUACCAACAAGCUGAAAAUGGCAAGACAGAGUUGUCUCUUAUGCAUUUCACCAUUAAAAACCCACGCUGGCAGCCGCCUCAGGAGAGCUCAGUGUUUAUCAGCCAUCUAAAGGAAAAGGUGCACCACGAUGCACAGAGUGGCCCCUCCACCCAGCUGCUGCUGUCUGAGGCUCCUCUCUGCACCUCGCUGCAGUCCAACGAGUCAGGCACUGGGCCUGAUAAUCUGCUGGCCAGCGUCCUGGCUCACCCCAUUCUAACUGCGUCUGGACUACAAGGGCGAGACCAUCGCUUCAUCCCACCGAGCACCGCUGCGUCCGCCGCCGCCAGCGUCCUGGCCUCUUUGUCCACCUCCCAGCUCGGACAUACCAGCCGCUCACAUGGCCUCAUGCACUCAUCCGUCCACCCUGAGAGCACCAUGUACCGCAGCGAUCGCACCUUCAUUGACAGUAUGUCUAAUGGUGACUCUCGCAUCCGGAGCAAUACACUGCACUCAGAGUUUGCCUCAGCAGAGAUGAGUCUCCAUGCCAUCUACAUGCAUGAGCUCCACCAGCAGACCUCUCACCCACAGAGAAGUUCGGGGCAGUGGCAAAACCCAGUGCCAAUGAGAGAUCUGCACACAAACCCUGGUAUCCAGGCACACAGUGGCCAUGGUACCAGCAUUUCCAUGCCCACCGCUGUCCACCUCGGUGGCUGGCAAGAGGAGGAGGAGGAGGAGGAACAGGAGAAUGAAGAUGAUCAGGAGAUUAACAGUGGAUCUACUCCAAAACAGGGCACUGGGAGUAGUUGUUGAAGUGCCUUAUGUCAUAAGGUAUAUAAUCUCUUUUAACCUCUGUAAUAUGACACAUGUCUACGAUCUAUGCUUUGUGGUUCUGUAUCCUGUGUGUUCGUCGAACCUAACAACAAUGGCCUUUUAUCCUACAAGGGAUACAUCGCCAUGAUAAUUUCUCCUCUCUCUCUCUUUUUUUUUUAUAGUGUUUACAUUUUACUUUCUUCUAUGAACAUUGUGGCCUUAGAUGAUCUUCAUGGAGAAUUUAGCAUGGACCUUUAAAAACAUUAUUCGUUGUAGGAGGGGCUCAUUGAAUAACCACUGUCUCUGCACCUCCGCGCCUCAUCCUGUCACACCAGGCAGACUAUGGCAUCAGGGAAACCAUACGUCUUCCGUCCGAUCCGUCUUGAUUUUGUCAUAAACUUGUACAUACGAGCUGUGUUUUAAAGUGACAGAGAGACAAUAGAGUGUAUUCAUAGGAUCACUGUGUGAAUAGGAGUGCAAAAGGCUCAUCGCGACUUCUGCUGAGCCGGCGUGUGUGCACACUUCCAAGUAUUUGUGCAUCACAAAGAUUUACAGCGUGAGUCUAAAUGAGGUUUCUCACAGAGGGGAUGGUCUGUGCUGCAAAGACUGCAAACCGUAUUGUAGCUGCCUGAACAAUUUUGAUCACCUCAAAUUCAUUAUUUCAAGUUGUGCUGUUUGACCCUGGUGAUUUUGUAAAUACACUUUUACGUCUUACUUAUCCUUUAAAAAGUCCACAUUUUUACUACCAGAGCUAAUCCUUGAAAAAAAGAUACCAAGUAUUGAUUUAAUGAAGAGCUGACUUGUACAGGAGCUGUACUACUAAAACACAAGGUGUAGCUGGCAAAACAUGUCUUUAAACCAGACAUACACAUGUGUUGAUGCUGCUGACCGUGUUCAGUGGUCCUAAAGAUUUUUGUUCAGUAUUAAUAUGUCCACCACUCAUGUAUCAGGACACUAUUCCUCAAAAACAAGACUGAAAGCGUGGGCCCAAAAUACACUUGGCGUCAAAAUCCCAAUGCAGAUAUAAGAUGUCUUUUUAAGUCGAUUUAAGCUAGACACAAAGUCAGCUUUAUGCCUUAACAACUAUAUAAAAACAUGCAUUUAAAUAGAUUUUACCUCAGUGGUGGUGAAGAAAAACUCCAAUCAAUACCUCUGCAGUGUAAAUACUCUUGUAUAAAUAUAUAUAUAUACAGUACAUAUGAGGUUCAUUGCCGUGAGCAGGAGCAUCUUUUAACUGCAUUUUGAUUUUAAUGGCAGGCGUAAAUGGAAUCUGUUCUUAUUCCUUGUCUAGCAGAUGUUUUAAGUCAAGCAUUGAUAUCCCAGAAAUCAUGGGUAGGAAUCAUUUUUUUUAGAACAAAACAGGGUGGUAUUGCUUUUUACAAAUCUUUGUUGUGCACAUUAGCAUUUUGUUUGCGCCCUUUUUCCAAAACGCUGACAUAUAAAAAAGUGGAACUUCAUCAUAAGGGCUGAUUUCAGAGUGCGUGUGUGCGCUGUUGCUUCUGCAGCUUUAGAUUUGAUGAUUUUAAAGACAGCAGUUCCUCUCAGUGUUGGCUUUGUACUUUCAAAGUAAGAGCAUGAGAAGAAAAGAAAGCCUUUCCACAGUCUGCAUCAUCUGUUAGCUUUAGGUUUAUUUAUUACCUGUUGCUCAUCACAUAUUUAACUGCUAUAUAUGUGUAUUAUUUAUUUUAAGAAAAGAUUGUUUUGUGAAAUAAUUUGAUUUCACAAUAUCAUGUUAAUUAAAGAAAUGGCAUGUGCCCCCACUAAAAUGAGCAAAAAAAAAAACAUUUUGAUUUUGAAAUUCUGAUAAAAAGGUUUUAUUAAUGCAAAGAUAACAUGGCCCGCUGCAUGAUUUUGAAUGUGAUUUACACUAAAAAAUAAACUAGGACUAAAUCUGCUUGUCGAUGCAGUGCACAAAAAUAUCUUUCUACACAUUUUUUUUAUUAUUGUAUUCUUCAUCAUCGAUCACAGUAAUUUAGAUGUCAUCCUCCUAGGGCUGACCCGAAUGCUUCGAGGCUUUGAAGCUUUGACCGUUGCCAUGGUAAUCAACCUCCAAAUCAGUAUUUUGAAUGCUUCAUUUAAAAAAAAGAAAUAUAUAAGUAUGUAAUAAUAAUCCUAAAAAUCCUAAAAAAUAGUCCAGUAGUGCGGCAGUGGCACUGUCCCAGGCACUGAAACUGGGAAGAUGGAGAUAAACAGACAGAAGAACAUGGCAGCUUGCUUCAAAGCCCAGAAAGUGGUAUUCGGGACAGCCCUACAUCCUCCACAAUUGCAAGACUUCAGAGGGUACAAAUGUGUCUCUGCCCUCCCGCGUGUUUAGAAACUAUUACACUUUCUUUGUGAGUGUGUCUGUGGAAGGAAUGCUUUUUGACACCUGUGUAAUUAUGCUAACAUGAACUCCGAUUUUGCACUGACAGAAAAUAAACAUUUGUUUUAAUGUGUAUGUACAGUACUUGCAUCAGUUACAUUUAAGGGCAGGUCUCAAAAAGGGACACAGAGUCAGUCUCCAUCCGGAAUGACCUCUUCUCGUUGUUUGUAUAUAAGCAAAGCAUCGGCACGCGUUGUGUUGUAUCGUCGUCCACAGCAGACCCACAACCAUAAGGUCGUUCUUACCUCUGGUCAGUAAAAGUUUCGCCCUGUAGAGGACGAUGUGUGUCUCUCACGCUGUUAAAUAUGCUUACAUGGGUAUUGUGGGUUCAUGUUAUAGAGACACUGGAGCUCAGCUUUGUGCACAGAGUUGAUUUCUGUUCUCCACAUUUACACCUCACUGUUGUGUUUGUCAUUUUAUUUAAAGCAGUGCCUUAGUAUUAAGGAUUAGUAAUUGCUCUUUAUAGAAGCCAUUUCAUGUAAACCAUUGGAUUUAUGUUCACAGAUUUAACAGCACAUACUAUGUACAGUAUUUUAUUUUGGCAAGUCAUUGUGUAUAGCAUCAAGUAUGUAGUGAAUGUGGCUUGUAAGAUGAGUUGUGAACUGAUCCUGUGUCAGUCUGUUGCAUCCGACAGCACACUUCUUCUUAUCAUGGUGUCUGAAUUUGCACUGUCCUCAAUAUCCUAAAGAAGCAGGAGUGUGCCUUGUAAUCGCUGGUAUCAUCACGGCCAACCCUCUCAUCUUACUGUGGUUUCUUAUCCACUAAUACACCAGUCGAACAAUCACAGUGACUGGAACAAGGUGCUAAGUUUUCAUCCUGAAAUGUUGAAUAUGUUUUAAGACAUGUUUUUUUUUUUGUUUUUUUUUUGUUAUAGGUUUGUCUGUUUGUUUUUGUUUCUGUAAAUUAAGAAACACUAGCUGAAAAAUGAAACAUGCCAAAAGAACUUGUUUUCGGCACAGCUUUACAAAACGUGUGUGUUGUUGGUUUUUUUUUUGUGAGUGAGUAGAGAGGCAAAUCCUAUUUUGAGUGUAUUUGAUCAUGUCAUGUGUGGUUGAUUAUGCAAUGUUUAUUUGAAAUAAAAAUAUAUUUAAAUUUUAAUUUAAUUUGUUUUAUAUUGCAAUUGCUAGUUUGCAUUGGGAGCUUGUGGGAUUACAGCGUGAAACAUUUUCUCUACAAGUCGUGGACAUAUCUGACACAGAUUGGUACUGCCUUUUAUAUAUCAACUUGGAUUUCUGGUGUUUAUUUAGCGUGGCUCAAUGAUGAAGUAGAGCCUGAUAAACUAAGUCUGAGAUGUCCUAAUAUGGUCACCGUACAGAGAUAGAGAUGGAGACAGACAAACCUCUGUACAGUGACCAAAUAAACCGAAAGUGUGGGAAUUAAAACUGUCUGACUUUGGCGACUCCUAGAGGUGGUAUCGAAAAAGACACUAUGGUAGACAGCAUUGCAAGGUGUAACAUGGACAACGUAAUAACAGACAAAACAAACAAUGAUGGAAAUAAUUAACCAACAAAAUAAUGAUGUACCUACUGAUAGAGAAUAAUAUAUUUCAUAUUAUUCCAUAUUUCUGAUAUAAUCUGAUUUAUCGUCUUUGUCUUUAUGUGUUGAACUCUUAUUUCCUUCUUUAGGGAGCAAUAAGAGCUCACUAGCGCAGGAAUACUUAAUCCUUUAGACUUUAUUUACACAGACUUUAUUGCUGAUCUAUUCAGGACACACUGUUCUGUGUGUCUCCUUUGCUCUCUUCCACUCCCUCCUGUUCAGCCACUCACUAUCAGAUACUAUAACCAGCUGAUUCCUCUCCUGUGCAGACCAGAUAAACACUCUUGGCUCCGUUGAAAUCCUGUAGUCUAAUCCUUAAAUGAAUGAUUGGUUACAUAUUUUUGUUUCAUGGUAUUCUGUGCUGGCAUCAUAUUGCCCUUUGUACCCCUGUUGUCAUAUACUGGUACUCUGUCAAUACUGUAAAUUAUAUCCACAUUGUAAAUAAACACCACAUGCCUCUAUUUUGAGACACAGUA